AUGAAUCUCGAUCAACUAAAUCAGGUUCAAGAAUUAACACGAUAUCACCUCAAUUCUGGUUUCCCAUUUUCUGUAACGCCAAGGAAUUUCAUCCCUGAAAAGAAAAUUAAAAAAGUGGAAAAAAAGCCUAAUGCGUUUCGGGUGUAUUCACAUAUUUUCACAAAGACGAUGCAAAUGCAUGAUAUAUCGUUACCACAGCACCCGCAACAAAAACAUAUACUAAGAUCAGUAAUUAAUAGUGCAUGGCGAAACGAAAGUGUAUAUACCAAACAAAUAUGUCAAAAUAUUUCUGAUGAGGCAUACAAAGAAUUGAAGUACAAUCCUUCUUUCUUAAUUUAA